CCCAUCGGGCCGUCCCCCCGUCGCCAUCGGGCUCCGCGCGGAGGCAGCAGGCCGCCAUGACGUUCCAGUGGACGGCGGUGGCUACCUUCCUGUACGGGGAGAUCGCGGCGGUGCUGCUGCUCUGCCUGCCCUUCAUCUCCCCCGUGAGAUGGCAGAAGUUUUUUAUGAUUUCUCUGUGGAGCAAAUUGGCAUUUUUUUGGAACAAGGCAUUCCUUACAAUAAUAAUUUUAUUGAUCGUCUUGUUUUUUGAUGCUGUUAGAGAAGUUAAGAAGUACUCAACUGUUCAUAUGAGUGAAAAGGUUGUAAAUGUCAAUACCAGUGCCUAUGAUCAUAUCCAGAUGAAACUCUUYCGAUCACAAAGAAACCUUUAUAUCUCGGGCUUCUCCUUAUUUCUUUGGCUGGUAUUGAGACGUAUUGUUACGCUUCUUACUCAGUUGGCAAAAGGAAUGAUAACUCAACAAGCUCUGGAAACGCAAGUGAAYAACACCACUGAAGCAGCCAAAAAAUACUUAACUGAGAAUGAAAAACUGCAGCAGGCCUUGAAUGAAAAGAGGAGCGGUAAAAAGCUAGAGUCAGCAGAAGCAGACAGUGAGAAACUGAAGAAAGAAAUAAACUGUUUGAAAGCAGAGCUACAGAAGACAUCAGAUGCUCACCUCAAGGCAACUACUGAACUAACAGCAAUUAAAAAGCAGUCUGAAGGCCUCAAAAGAGAAUAUGACCGUCUUAUGAAAGAACAUGAGCAGCUUCAGAAGAAGGUGGGUGAAGUGGAAGACAAGAAGAAGUUGUAGGUGCAGCUUGGACAGAUGGCCUUGAUAUGGUUGCUUCAGUGAAAAAACCUGUGCUGUUCUGACUCCUGCUGCACAUGUGAAACAAACCUAGCUUUGUGAAAAGCACAUGCACUGCUGACCACUGUUCAGAUUCCUCUAAUACCCUGGUUACCAAUAUAUUCCCUGUUGCAAUUAUCAUAUUAAGUGGCUUACCAGAUUUACUAUGGAGCUUGUCACUGCACUAGUGAGGAAACCCAUGAAAAUCUUUCAAUUAAUCUAGAGCAGCUUGGCUGCUCUCCAAGCUUUGGCCUUCCAGGAUGGUCAAGAGAUCACCCCCCAUUUGYUUGUAGCAUUUAUCUAGCAUUUAUGAGGUGUUAUACCAUGCUAAAUUACACCAACCUCCUUAGCAGUACCAACUCAGAGGCUUCAGAAAUUUAGGUACCAAUGGGUUGAAGACUGAAGGCUUUUCAUCAAGCAUUUCACUUUGUGGAAAAUGGAAUCACAAUCAAUUAAAAGGAAAAAAAAAAAAGCUUUAUUAAAUGCAUCUCAUUAGCUUUACCUUUMACUUAGCCACAUGGGUAAACAGAAUUUUAGAAAUAAUAUUUUGCAUGCCUCUGGUUUAUUCUUUAAUACAAKGAGUUAUUUCAAUUUUCAUAACCAAAGUUUUGGAUUGGUUGACAUUAACAUUCUGUAUUUUUUCCCCACUGUUUACAGCUGUUUACAUUCUGUGUGUGCCACCUAACUUCUCUUGCCUUGCUGAGUAAAAAUUGUUUUUAAAUGUUGAUGGUUGGCUUGGUUUCUUUUCAUGGAUACUAUACCUCAAAUAAAUGUGCGCUGUUUUUCAACAGACUUUUUUGACCUUCUGAAAGUUCUUUUGAGUACCUCUAUUAAUUGGUUUUGAUUUGUAUUUGGAAGUUGUAUAUGUUUAUUAUAUUAAAGGGAUUGUUCAAGCUCAUUAGUUUCUGGGCUUACUCAUGUAAACCUCAGCUGUUGUACUGUCUCAUCAGAGUUAAUGGGUAUAUAUGGGGGAAAGAACAAAAUAACUUGAUACUUUUCCUGGAAGUACUGCUUUUCUCAAAAUAACUUUGAAUACACUGGAAAUAGGGUUUGUUUAGUUUAUAAUUUCAGUGUAGCAUGUUAGUACUGUAGAGCAUAUUAGCCUGGCAUAUUAAAUAAGGAUGCAUGUGUUUGAAAUAUAUAUAUUUUCAUUUAAAAAUUGGUUCAUCCUCCAGGAGAAGUGGUGUAGAAAGUGGGUCUGGAGAGAUUCUAGGAUUCUAGGAGACUAGAGAUUUUUUUUUCCUUAGUAUCAAACACUUCACAAAAGGCUCCUGCUUUUAACUAACAAUAAAAAAAGUUUUGUUGUAUAGUUGAAUGCAUCUUUGUUGUGCUUGUUUGGUUGUUUGGUUUUUGAACUUGAAAAACUUAAAAUGAUGGCAGAAUAUUAUCCUAUUCUUGCAGUUUGAUCUAAAGAUUAUAGUUGGAAACUGGGACAAUGAUAACUSUCCAUUCAAGAAGUUUUGCUGAUCAAAGGCCAAAAUAUUUAUGGAUCUGUCUA